CCGAGCACUUUUCCUUCCUUCCUGGCCUUGGCCUUGGCUCAGCCCUUCCGCCUUCCUGGCCUGGCUGCUUGGCUCUGUCCUGCAGCCUGCACGGGCUCCUGGGGGCUGCCACUCCAACCCGCUCCCUGCAGGUCCCCCCUCUGCCCGGCGCUGCCCGCUGAGCCCCCCAGAGCCCCGACAAGCGAUGGAGGGAGAGCCCACCCUGCGCCUCCGGAUCUUCGACCUCAACUGCUGGGCCAUCCGCUACCUGAGCAAGCGGCGGCAGGAGCGCGUCCGGCUCAUCGGGGACACGCUGCGCCAGGAGGGCUUUGACCUGGUGCUGCUCCAGGAGGUGUGGAGCGAGCAGGACUACAGUGACCUGAAGGUGAAGCUGGCAGGCUGUUAUCCCUUCUCCCAUUACUUCCGCAGUGGGGUGAUCGGCAGCGGCCUCUGCGUCUUCUCCAGGUUCCCCAUUCUGGACACACUCCUCUACCAGUACUCACUGAACGGGUACCCCUACAUGCUCCAGCACGGGGACUGGUUCUGCGGCAAGUCCGUUGGUCUCGUCAUUAUGAAGAUCUCAGGGAUCAUCUUCAACAUCUACGUCACCCACCUGCACGCCGAGUACUGCCGGGACAAGGACGCCUACCUGCCCCACCGCCUGGUGCAGGCCUGGGAGCUGGCACAGUUCAUCCGCCACACCUCGAAGGCAGCAGACGUGGUGCUGCUGGGAGGGGACCUGAACAUGCACCCUGAAGAUGUGGGCAUCCGGCUGCUGCGCGGCUGGACGGGGCUGCGGGACGCCUUUGCUGAGGCCACGCACUUUGAGGGCUGUAAGAACGGCUGCACCCUUGUCCCUGACAACUGCUUCACUGACAAGUCAGAGCUGCUGCCCUUCCCGCUGGGCAUCCGCAUCGACUACAUCCUCUACAAGGCCAUCUCCAGCUUCACGGUGAAGUGUGAAGAGCUGAAGACCACCGUGGGGCGAGCCCCAGGCGUGGACAUCCCCUUCUCAGACCACGAAGCCGUGAUGGCAACACUGCACAUCCAGAGGCAGGGACAGCCUGCAGGUGCCACCCUUGGCACAGCUGACCCUGCACUGGCAGAUGUGGUGACAGAGGCACGGACAGAGGUGGGCGUGGGGCUGCAGGCAGCACGGCAGCAGCGCUACUCCUCGGGCAGGAUGGCCGUGCUGGCCCUGCUGCUGCUGCUGCUCCAGGCCGUGGCUGCACUGGGCACACUGGCUGGACUGGGCACAGAGCAGCCCUUCCCCAAGCUCUCCUUCUGCCUGCUGGCCUUCCUCGCCCUCGGCGUCCUCGUCCUCGCCAGCGGUCUCCACCUGUUCCACACCAUGGAGGUGAAGAUGCUGCACGGCACCGAGGACCAGAUGUGGAUGGUGCUGAGGGCCCUGCAGGAGCGUCCCAGCGAAGGCUGAGCUGAGCCUCGGGGUGUCCCACAAUGUCCCCUUGGUCACACCAUGUCCCCUGUUUCAUCCAGCAUCAGUUCUUAGGCAAGCAGCACUGCAGCAAUGCAGUAGUGCAGGUUUGACAGCUGCCUCUGGGUGAAAUUAAGGUUUUUGGGGUAGAUUUUUUGCAUUGACCCCUGUGAAAAUCACAACGGAGGCAGAUUUUUAUUGCUGUCUUUUUAAAUACACUCUUUUGUACAUGGAGGGACCCACUGGCCUGGCUGGAAGGCUUGAGACACUGAGGCUCCCCUUGCCUGGGGUGGCCUCAAAUUUUACACUGGUGGCUGUUCUGGCAACCAGUCCUGACUGAUGGAAAAUAAAGGCGAUAUUUUAACCUUU